AUGUGCAGUAUCUAUUUAGAGUAUCCAGUACAACAGAUGUACUGUCUGAAAUACACUUCCAGCUACCCAUAUCGUAAAGUGGUCAACGCUUGUCAAAGAUAUAGGCCUCGCCGUCUAUCAUUGUUCGGCAUCAACCAGUCCUCGUUCAGAUCACGGCGCCGUGGAAAUCCCGGCUUCGAAGCCCGAGCUGCUCUCCACGUAACUUAUCUUACGCGGCCGCUUGGCGGGGACGCGAUUUGCCACACUUAUAUUUCCGAGCGCGGCGCGUUCGCCCUCAGUUCUGUGCGCGCCCCCGAG